GUUGGGUGUUCACAAGUUGUCGAGACAUCGUGUUGUGCACCUGAGUGACAUCCGCAUUCUAUCACCGAUCAUGUUAAAACUAGGCUCUCCGGAGUUGGAAAAGUUAAUCAUCGGUCAGCAGGAUAGUUUAGUGACGAAUCUACCAACACCUACGCAGAUUCUGUUUCCAAAGGCAGUGACCGAGGCCCAAGAAUUAUACGCUCGAGGUUUCAUCGACGCUCUGAACGAGUUGCAUCAUUCGGACAGCUCGCAAGAACCUGGUAGCAUUUAUGGAGCUACGUAUACGACGUUGGAACCACCUAACAGCGUGCAGAGUACAGAAUCUUCGGUGAGUCAAGGUCUGCUACAGAUCAAAGAUGAACCUCAAACGGUACCUAGCGUGUCCAGUUCACCCCCGAUGUCUCCUAUCGAUAUGGAGAAUCAGGAAAGAAUCAAGCUGGAAAGGAAACGUCAGAGGAACCGCGUGGCUGCGUCUAAAUGCCGCAGGCGCAAGCUCGAGCGCAUCUCCAGGCUGGAGGACAAGGUUAAGCUGUUGAAGGGCGAGAACAGUGAAUUGAGCGCGGUGGUGCACAGGCUGAAAGAGCACGUGUGCCGGUUGAAGGAGCAGGUGAUGGACCACGUGCACUCUGGCUGCCAGAUUAUGGCGGUCUCGGGUCAAUUCUGAGCCGAUUAUAUCGGACGGGACUCUCCGACGUGUAUUGUUUCGUCUGACGGUGGCUCUUGCCACUUUUAUAAACGUGGCAAUGUUGUUCCCCUUUGUUGGAGUCGGAAGCUUCUACCAUGGAACAUCGAUGUCGUCGUUGAUACUUGUUUACAUUUGACUACGAUCUCUCGUUUGCUUUGUUGUUUUCGGGAAAAGGGGACACGGUGAUGAUCGUGCGCGACGGCGUGAGGAGAGCUAAGCAAGACGAAGAAAAAGAAGAAGAAGGGAGUGCCUUGGUGUGCUGGGCGUGAAAUAGAGACUCUUUUUUUUUAAAAAAAAGGAGAGCGAAACAAAAAGAAUAAGGAGAUAAUAAUCACCCCUAUACGCGUGUCUCUUCUUUGUGUGUGCCUGUUUUUCAUGCAUACAUGUGCACGAGAAACGCAUUACGUGCAUGUGUAUAGGAGAAUGGUGCGGAGGGGAAAGACGGAUGGAGAAAGAGAGAGAUAAACAGCUCCGAGAAGUACGUCGAUGGGAAGCAGAAGUGGGGAGUGAAGAGGGAAGGAAAGGAUGGAGAAAAAGGAGAGUGGGUGGGACUUCGCGGAGAAGAGUGGGACCUUGCAAUGCGGCCAUUUUGGAGAACUUGGCGAGUACUGGCGGGAGAUUCGAAUCUCUCAGCUGUUCUUUCUAAAAAUUUACCGAUCGUAUUAUGUACAUUCGUCCGGGGGAAAACGAUCAAAUCGAUGUUAAUAAUCUAUCGAAGAUCUUUCGAGAUUCUCGUUUGUCGGAUUUUUUCACGCUCAUUCAUCAUCUUCCUAUCGAUUUUUUAACGUUGUACUAUCCUCGGAUUUUCCCCCUGUCGGAGGAUAAUAAUACUUCUUUGCAUUCUUUGUAAUCAAUCCACGGGGCAUUUUUCUUUUUGCGAUCGUCUGCGUCCUUUCUGCCCUUUUUCUUCUUCUUUUUUCGUUUUGUAAUGAAUGCGUGAAAGUCUGGUGAGCUAAUAUCGGCGUUACAUUAUUCAAUACAGGUGGUAAAGGUCCAAGUUGCGGCCUUUUCGCCUAAGGUGCCCGUCGCUGACAUCCGUUUAACGUAAGGUUACGCUUCAACUGGCUCACGUUGUUCUCGCGAUUCACGGCGUCGUAGACACUCUAGUAUCCUUGUAGAACGUUUGCUUUAUCAUCGAAAACUUCGCACCAUCGAUGCCGAAUUUGUCUCCGUGUCAAUUGAAAGUUCAUAGCUCUGGCGACGAACCGUGCACAUUGGAACACACUCACCGACGCUUGGAAAAGUGCGAUCGAUCGCCUAUUCGUCUUACCUGCUCGUUUCUGUUUUAUUCAUUAACCCUUUGCCCUAUAAUUUAAGUCCCAACAGCGCGUGCCGUAACCAUCGGCAGGGUCGCGCCAUUUCACGGUCUGGCUGAGCGUUCGAAGUUGUGCAAGGUACAAUUAAUUUUAUGUUGCCAGAUGUUUGAUAAAUAAUUAUUACCGAUUGAUAAUUGGACAGGAUUUUUAAGGGUAUCUUGCUAAUAUUUAUCAAGAAAAUAUAUUUGCACGUCCGAACGCGGCCAAGAAAAAGAAAUGUUUGUCGCAUGUACUACGAGUCUAACUCGACGUUGUGGGUUAAAGGGCUAAACGCGGUGAUUUCAACGCCAAAAAUUGGUUCCAGGCGCUACUCUAUUUUAUACAGUCUUUAGAAACAAUGGUGGUACUUGAACGGCCGUUCCCGGCCACAAGGUCGAUCGCAGUCAAAAAGAUGAAAUUAUCGAAGAAUUCCAUAAGCUCGCAUUUAAUGAAAAAGAGAAAGAAAGAUAUGAACUCGAUGUAGCACGAGAUAUUUCUCUACAGCAUCUUCAAACGACAAAAGUUCGUCGAUUCUCGUAAAUACGCACCAGAAACGAUUAACAUUACUAGAAAGCUCUUGUUUCUUAAUUUCUCGCCUCUUGUUAGACGCAUUCGACACAUUUGUCCCUUCCGAAAGAUGAGUUUUUCUUAGUCUUCUUGCAUUUUAUUUUCUCAGAUGUUAUAUACACCUUACGAGUUCUUCAAACAAACCGCGCUUUUUAUUAUCAUUCGAAUAAGAGAAAAAGCAAAAAAUUAUUCUGCGUCGAAGGCUGGACGUAGGUAGUGUUAUCGCGAAGCGAUAAUUCGCGACCGCAACGAUUGCCACGAAAUGCCGGGCCACGCGAGAAUUCCCUAGAUUCUCGAUAAAUCAGGGGAAAACUGUUGACAAAAAGAAAGAAGGAGGAAAAAGAAAGCGAUUCCUUCGGAAGAUUUCGUGGUAACGAUAAAUCCUUACUAUACAAUAGCACACGCAUUCGUACUAUUUGCAGCCUGUUCUAGAGGCGCACACGCGCAGAACAUCACGUGUAGUGAGUCAUUGUUGUGUUGACAGUUGAACCAAAUCGUGUCGCUGUCCGCAUCCGAAACCGAGACGGACAAACACAAGUUUGAACUGUGCGCGACACAUUAGCCACUACACGGACACACGCACUUUUUGCGUCCCAGCUUCGACUUGAUUACGUAACGACGAGUAAAAAAUCAGGCACACUAGAAAGGAGUGCUCGGACAGAAAACGCGUUAGCGACGCAUUGACCCUUUAACCUAUAACAUCGAGUUAGACUCGUGGUACGUCCUUCGAGACAAACGUAAAAAACACGAAUUAGACUCGUGGUACGAUAUUCUGGCCAAACAUAAGAAACACGAGUAUAUAGUAACAUAAAAUUAGUUGUACCUUGCACAACUUCGAACGCUCAGCCAGACCGUUAAGUCAGCGCGACUGUUGGAACUUAAAUGGCGUAGGGCAAGGGGUUAACAUUAGAACUACCGAACUCAUUAAAAUAAAACGAACUUCGUAUUAUGUGUACAAUUAAGGUAAAGUUACCUUACCUGACAAAAUUAAUAUCGGUUGUCAUUGAGACAGAAUAUAUAAUUAUAUUUAUUUUUUUAUUCUACCGUUUCAAUUCUAAUUACUUUUUAUUGAUUAGUAGUUCUAUCGUUAAAGGCAUUCGUUUCUCGCGUAUCGAUACGAUUCAGCCACGUGUUUUUCGUUGAAAAAUUCGCUCGAAUUUCCUUUCGCUUCUACGUACGUGGCGCAAUCGUGUCCACGAUACUCUCCGUGAAAAAGCUCUGAAUCUUUCUCUCUGUUUCAUUUAUUUUCCCGUAGCUUUAAGCCGAUACUGCGUGUUCCCCCUCGGUUUCAAAGACAUUGAUACUUUCGCCACUGCUCACGUGAUUUCGCUAUAUUUUUUGCAUCAUCCUAUCAAGCCAUGUAACAUCGGAAAUUUUAGAUUUCUCAGUUUAACGUAACAUAACGAUUCCAAGGGUCAAACAGAAUCGAGUAUAUGCAGUAGAAGUGACGAGAGUAUUAAUUUUUGUGUCUAUGGAACUGUCGUUUCGUCAUAUGUGCAUCUAGUCUUGUCCAGUAUGCCCUCGUAACUUAUCGUACGCUGCGUGAUACACUCGCAGAUUCGUAUAAAACACGAGCAACAGACACAUGUAACACGUUCGUAGGUUUCGAUUGUGUUACCACGUGCGACGACGACUUGCAUUUAGAAGAAACGCGCUUGGGAAGAAGUUUCUUUUUUAUUUCUGUACGGUCAGAUGGAUAUUGAAAAGUUAGACUUGCAUCUUUCCUUCUUUCUUUCUUUCUUUCUUUCUUUUUUAUUUUUCGAAUCGAAGAAGCAAGUGGUAACAGAAUCGUACGGCGUUACCGUUGUGCCAUUACGCAAGGAAUCGCUGUAAAGAAGUUUUCUCCCGGAGUGUCGCAACACUUUUGCGAAUAGUACAAGGAUGAUCAUGAUCGACGAGUUACGGAGAUUUUUGAACGACUUUUCGAGCAAUAUAAUCGAGCAAUCGUGCGUUGAUUCGUUCUUUAUACGAGGAAGCGUAUUCUGUUAAGUUUUUUUGCCAACUGAUUAUACGUUAUUGCUUAUAUUUUGCAUUGCGCAAAAUUUUAGAAAUUUAGAAAAUUAAAACAUCCGGACGUAUUGAAAUUUGGACAUUGAAAGAUAUGAACGUUCAGAUAUAUAUUUAGAAAUUCGAUUCUUAGGUUAUUGAUGACUGAAACAUCGUAUCUUAAUAGCGUAACUUUUAUGAAUUUGUUUUGCGAUUAGCUAUGAACGUAUUCUGCACAAUUGUUUGUUUUUAAGUCGUAGAUAGAAAGAUAUAGAAAUGGUUAAAAAAAGGAGAAGAAGAAACGUGUUGUGAUUCUCCGUGGUUGCGAGCUCGUUUAAUUACGAGACGUAGGCUUAAUCGUAGUGUAAAGGACGAACUCGAAGCGAUUCGUCGUUGGGAGAUUGCAAUUCGAUGAAAGAACAGAAAUUUAUCCGAUAUUUUUAGAUACACGUACAUUGUAAUAAUAUACAUAUACAUAUAUAUAUAUACACGUGGGAUAAUUGGAGCAAUCGAUUCAAACGAAGGGAAGGAAUUCUUCAUUCAUUGUAGAUAAUCAUUGUUUUAAUUUCAAUUUCAAACAUAUCUUACGACUAAUUAUUUUUUAAAUCAUUCAUUUCUUUCUUCUUGUUUUUUCUUUUUUUUUUUUUUUUUUUAUAAAUCGAAGAAAAUUCCAAAAGAGCUUGUGUGCGCCGAUACUUUUCGCACUUUUCUUCCCCUCCUUUGACGCGCGACUUUCGGCACAUAACUUGACAAUUUUUUUAACGCAUAUUAUAUUUAUUUCUCUCUUAAAAUACAUUAGAAUAAGCGUGCUCUGUUUUCUCUUCGCUUGAAAAUCUCGUUCGUUUCUUUCUUUUUUCCCCCCGUUCUUUCUUUUUUCCUUUUCGAUUUAUUUCACGAGAGAUCAGCCUCGCUCUGAAAACUCCCGGCGUACUUUCCUCGAUUAAAAAAAUGAUCUUUCUCAUUAAGGACACAAGGAAAACGCAAGAUGGUAGAGGCGAUUGUUUAGAAGCCUUCGUUUCUAUCCUCUUUUUCUUUCUUUCACGAGCCAUGCAAUUAAAAUUAGUCGGCCAUCACUUACGGCGUGCCUUUUUCUCCAAGUGAUUUAUAAAUAGAGAAGAGAAACAAAAAGGAGGACAUGAUUAUGACAACGACCAUCAAGGAUUCCAAAGAUACUUUUUAUCGCGCGAUGUUUUCAUUCUUUCUUCGCGUACACAAUUUCUUCUAUUACUUUCUCUUCGCAUAUGAAAAAUGUGAAUUGGAUUAAAAAAAAAAAAAAAAAAAAAAAAAAAAUCAUGUGAUACGGAAGACGAUCUGAAAGGUAUAUGAUAUUUGUCUUGUUGGAAAUUUUCGAUCUGUCUUAGCAUGGCCAAACAGAGAAUAAAGGGACGAUUGGUACGAUGGAACUCUUUGUAGUGAGAUAAAGAGGAAAAGAAAGGAAAAAAGAAAUGUUUGGAAAAUGAGUAAUGUUAGGCUGAGAUAAUGUGGGAAUCUUUUUAGAGUUUAAAGAGUAUAAGCGAGCGGAGAAAAAAGCGGUGGCACAAAGAAAAACGUAUGAAAGUAAAGAUGAAAACCACAAUGUGAUUUAGUAUGUAAGCGAGAAUAACCCCGUUAAAGAAGAGUGUGUGUGUAUGUGUGUAUAUAUAUACAUAUAAAAACGAUGAUUGUUAUAUGUGUAUAUAUAUAUAUGCGUGAUAUAUAAAUAAAUAAAUAUAGUAUAUAGUACGGUGAUGACGACGCGAAGAUUUAAAAGCACCGCAUAUAUAGAGUUAUGUAUAACCCUAUACAUGAGAGUAAAUAUUGCUAUUGUAAUAUGUAAUAAUUAUUAUAAAGAUAUAUAUACGUAUAUAUGUAUAAAUAUAUAGACGUAUCUGUAUAUAUUUAUAUAUAUAUAUAUCGACGCGCAUACGUAUAUGUUACAUAUAUUGUCUACCGAUCGAGAAAGCGGAGAAACCUUUUUUUACAAAUAAUUUUAUUUUUGAAUGAAAUACGACGAAAAAGAAUAAAAUUUCAUUAUAUUAAAACGUAA